AUGGGCAAUGGCCUGUGCUGGAUCGUGGCUCAACCCCACCAGGCGCUAACUGGCUCCAAGUUACCUAGCUUCGUUGAUGGCCUACGCAUUGUCUCGACUCAAGUAAUUAACUACCCAGUUCUCAUCACACAUCUGGAGGAACACAACCCGGCGACCGAAUCGGAAAGCAUGGAUCUGGCAUACGACCACAUUCAAGAGGAGGCCUUUCGCCGGGAUACGCCCAAACCCGGCGAGCAGGCCUCGGAGCAACCUCCCGCCGCGUCCCUGAAUGACGAGAUUCAGGAUGCCUACAAGGCCUUCUCUGCCAGCCCCUGGGGCGCCAAGAUUGGCGGUUUCUUUGGCAGCAUGGUGAAGCAGGGAGAAUCCGUCUACAACCAAGCCUCCAAGGAGCUGGCCGAAGUGAGCGGAGACGCCACCAAGGGCUUGGCCGACCUGCGCGAAACAAUCAUCAGCCGAACCCGCGGCAUGUCGAUAAACGGCACCGGCGCGCAAGCAACCAGAUCCGGCGCGGACGACGAGGGCACUCCCCCUGCAAUCGGUGCCAGCACCGACUCGGAGACGUACCUGUCACGGCUACGGACCGAGGCCGCCAAGCGACUCAAGGACCUCCAGAGCGCCGAAGACGCCGCCGAUGAGGCGCUCCUCCGCUUCGGCAGCAACGUGCGCGACUUCUUACGCGAUGCCAUCCAAGUGGCGCCUCCCGCCGAGGGCGCCGAGGACAGCACAGUGCUCUUUGAGAGCAAAGACGCCUCUGGCAAGCGCGUCAUCCACACGUCCCGAUUCGACGCGCAGCUUCAUGUCAUCCACACCUCGACCGACAGCUUCGCCAAGGACCCCGAAGGCGACGAAUACAACAAGUUCACAUCCGAGUUUGACGUGGAGAAGAAGACGGCUGACAUUGCGUCGGACCUGGAUAAGUACCCGGAGCUGCGCACCACGAUGGAGAAGCUGGUGCCUGAUCACAUCUCAUAUGCCGACUUCUGGAAGCGCUACUACUUUCUUCGCCGGGGUAUUGAAGAUGCCGAGUCUCGUCGCAAAGAGCUCCUCAAAGCUGCCGCUGCGGAAGACGAGGUCGGCUGGGACGACGAUGAAUCCGACGACGAGGGCACCGCGCCCAAGAAGCCCGCCUCUGUCGAGUCGUCCACCACCAUCAAUCCCAAAAAGGAUGGUCUGCUCAAGCCCGAAGUGCGCAAGUCCAACGAUGAGAAGUCGCAGGCUGAUAGCGAGGCGAGCUACGACGUGGUUGGCGGCACCUCGGGCUUGCCCAGCCAAGCAGCGAGCAGCCCGAAGGAAUCGAAGAAGGACGAAGACAGCGACGACGAUUGGGAGUAA